GUCCCGGUGCUUGAUGGGAAUAGUAGUCAUUGAAUCUCCUGUAUUUCCUGGAAAGGAGACAACGAAAAGUCAUAAGAAGUUCUUGCUCGACUCUAAAAAGUUGUUUACCUGACUUCAUCUACGUUAUAAAGCGAGAAAGGUUGAAACGAAAAACAGAAUGUCUCUGAUGGAGCACGGUGGUGGCGCCCACAACAGGCCGGUGACUGCAGUGGCCUGGGCCUCCAACAGCAGCACCUGUCCCAAAGACUUCAACCUGAUUAGUAUAACUGAGGAUGGAGCUGCUGCAAACUUCACACGGAGCUUCGCCAUGAAGGCUGGCUACUACCUCUGCUACAGCAAGGACAUGUCAGGUGGUAUGGUAGUAUCAGAUGUCCAGGUGAUCUCAGACAAGGAGACUGUUCCUCAUGGGUACUGUUACAUACCUGAACACCUGGAGCCUAGGGCCUCCGUGUCUAAGAAGAAGCGUGUGUGUGUCCGCAUGGUGCCAGUGGGCAGUGUGGAGACUGCUGUACUGGACAUCAAACUGACUGCUAAGACUAGGAGGAUGCUGCAACACUACACCUGCUUAGGGGACAUGCAUGGCUAUGUGAUGUGGUGUAAGAAGGGGCCCUUCUCCAGCCCUCUACCCCAGGCAAAGCCUCGCAGCCUCAGCCUUGACCUCCGUCAGCUCUCGCUGGACCAGAACCCCCCUCCGCUACCCCUCAGACCCAGCAACGCUCCACCCAUGCCCCCUGGCAGGAAGCUCAGCCAUCGCCGCAGCAACCUCCAAUUGAAUGAUGCUGUGGAUAAAGUGGUUGACUGCAGCAACAUCUACGGCAUCUCAGGUUGACCAAAAUUCAGAAAACACUUCUAGAAAAGAGACAGCUACUGUACAUGUUAUAAAGACUGAUGUACUGACUCUCUCUACCUAUCCUCCCUCUCUCUAUCCUAUCUUCCAUCUCUCUAUCCCAUCUUCCCUCUCUCUCCCCAUCUUC